AUGGCAAUAAAGAAAAAUAUACAUACCAUAACAAUUUUUGUGACUUUUUAUAUAAUUUAACCACCCAGCAAAAAUGAAAAUGACUACGUUGUGGAAUAUAGCUAUAUUCGCAGCUUUACUUAGCAAAGUGGUGCAUAUUUUUUUGGUCGAAUUUGCACGUACAAAGGAAAGAGGGAAAUUUUCGGGUUCCAUAUUAUGGACAUUUUUUAAAACUAGAGAAGAAGUAUAUAAAAGAAAAAUCCUUACCGAACGAGAAGAGGAUAAUAAUGAUGAAUUUUUAAUGCAGUUUAUAACAGAUAACAAUGUGAGUUUUUCGGACAAUUUUAUGUCAUUAAUCGAUACAAAAAUGCUCGAGGAUAUAGAUGUGAAAGAAAAGGAAAUAACUGAAUCUAUACCUAUAAAAGAAGACACGGAAGAAGAAAAAAAGAAAAAAAGAAGAAGGUGGUAUAGAGAAUGUUGCAAGAAUAUAGGUAAACAAUGCAAUUACCACAGCAGAAUGAGCAGAAAUGCGACGACAAAUGAAAAAACAGAAGCUACUACUGUAGAAGAAGGUGGAAAAAAAAAAGAAGAAGUAGAAGAAACAACCAAAAAGAAAAGAAAAAGGAGAACCCAAAUUAUAACAGCUCCCAAAUAUGGUAAAAGCAAACGUAAGUAUAGAUGGAAAAGGCCAAGUGAUUCAGAAGAAAAUAACGCAAUCAAAGAAGAACCAGUUCUUGUUCCAAGAGUACCGAAUCGUAAAUACGGAAAUAUAUUUAUAACUAAAUUUGAAAAGGAAAUGGCAAAGCAGAAAUAUAGCAAACUUUUGGAAAUAUAUGCAUAUAAAAACAGAACUUCUAAUGAUUCAGAAAUCAUUAAACUUGAAGAUCCUGGGGUUAGUAGCACAACUUCAGAUAAGGAAGAAUUGGGUAAAAACAAACCAUCAAUAGAGCCUAGUGUUCAAUGUGAAACAAACGAAUUUAACUGUUACGAUAGCGAUAUUUUAAUUAAGGUAAGAUCUGAAGGAAAUAUAGACGAUGAGGAUUAUCAAGGAAAUAUGGACGAUGAGGAUUAUCAAGGAAACAAUGAUGAAGAGGAUUCUCAAGGAAACAGGGAUGAGGAGGAUUCUGAAAGAAACAACGAUGAGGAGGAUUCUCAAGGAAAUAAUGGUGAGGAUGAUUCUCAAGAAAAUACAGACGAAGUAGAUUCAGAUAGCUCAGAAAAUUCAUCAGAUUCUUCUCAUGAUUUAUGGAAAGAGUCUGAAAGCGAAGAGAACACAGAUUCAGACACAGAUUCAGACACAGAAACAUCUUCCGAAACAUUGGAGCAAGAAGAAGCGGAUAAUUUAAAUUUUGAUUAG